AUGCAGAGAGUAUGUCCAUUAUCAUGUUCGAAGUCGAAAAUAUCUAAUGGUAAGCUAUUAUAUUCUACUGCAACAGGCAUUAAGGGGAAGAUACAACCGCGACAGCGACAACCUAUCCCUAUGAAAAGGACGAUACUGGAUAUAAAGAAGUUAUGGCAUCCCUUUUAUAAACCUUCUUCUAUUGAACAAUUUAAAAUGUGUUUCACUGAACUGGAUCCAGCCAACCAAUUCGAAGAAUUUAAACCAUUUUUAAUUGAAAUUGAUGAAAAUAUGGAAAAUCUAUGCUAUACUACUCAGGAUAAGACGUUUAGUCAUUUAUUAAAAGGUUACUUUUAUGAUUUGAAACAAAAUGAAUCCAUUGAUUAUCAAUUAAUGAAAGGCGAGUUUUGGGAAGAAAGACGUCGAACGCGAGAAACAAACCAAGUAAAUCAGGCAGGGAAUCCAGAAUUCGAUGCCUUAACUAAUAUUCUUUUUCACAAUGACUGGACUUAUAAAUUUAAAGUCGAAGAAUUAAAUGUUAAAAUUACAAAAUUGGUAAUGAAUUCUUCUAAUUUAUUCUGUGAAGAUAUAUACUUGUGGCUUUUAGAUCCUAAGAUAUUCAAAAGUAUUGAAAAUUUACAGAUCAUAAUAGAUUCCAUUACAAUUCAUUUAUCAUCUCCCGAUGCAUUGUUAUUAGAUCAUUUUAGUAUGAUUGAGCCAAUAAUUUUAAGAAUCGUUAAAAGUUUUUCAGAAGAGUUAAGACCAACCACAUCAAUAAUGAACUGUUUUACAAACUUAUUCGAAUCAAUCAAUCAUGAAUUCAAUAUUCCAAAUAUUCAACAUUGUUUUACUAAAUUCAAUCCACUAACCCUACAAUAUUUAUUACUCUUCUUUUUAAGAUCAACUGGAGAUUAUCAUUUAAAUGAAUGCAAGUUAUUAAUUGAUCUAUUAAUAUUGUAUCAUAAGAAAAUUCCAUUAGAGAGUUCGAUAAUCGAUUAUCUUAUUUCAUUGAACAAGAAAAAUAGUACGCAUCUAGGAGCAGCGGAUAAGUUAAGGUAUGUGAGAUCAAUAGGAUUAAUACUGAAUCAAUUAAAUGAUAUUAAAACUUUCCAAGAAUUAUUACCAAUGUGUCAAAGCACAAUUGAAAUUAUUCACUUAUUAAAAAUAAUCAGAUCAAAAGAUAAUGGGAUUCAUAUGAUUAGACAACUAAUACCUAGUGUCAUAACAUACAUCAACAACUUAUCAAAUGAUGAACUAGUCAAUUCUUCAAAUCUAUGUUUUCUUUUGAAAUUUUUGAAAGAUUCUAAAAUAAUUAAAAAUGAUAAGAUAAGAAGACAAUUUAUGUUAGGGUUUGCUAUUAAUAAGAAUUACUCAAUGUUAGCUCAACUCUUUGAAGAAUUAGAAGAUAAAGAAUUGUUGAAGAAGGAAUAUGUUCAAUUACUAUUGAUGAAAUUAAAUGAAAGAAAGUCAUUGACUCAUGAUCAUAAUGAAUAUUUAAGGGAGAAAUUUUUCAAUAAAUACAUUAUUGAUAAAUAUCCACAUGUAAAUAAAUAA